AUGGUCGUGAAUAGCUUCACCGUCUCGGUCGCUCAGCAAACCAAUCACCGCGCAAUCAAGCCGUGUCCCACCCCAGGAACCGCACAACGGCUCCACCACCACACGACAGAGCCGCCCCAAGCUGGAAUUGACAAACCGUCGCCGGAAAGAGAAAUCCCAGCCGCAGCAGAAGGGAACUCGAGCCAUGGAAUUCGAGCGGUGGAGCAGGAGAAAAGGGGCGAGAACCAAGCACUUAGGACCAGAAACCGCCGGCGAAGCACGACGCCUGCGGAGGAAGGCAGACAGCUAGUUACACUAGCUAAUUUACUUAGAACUAUUUUGGAGCUAGUUACACUAGUUAAUUUUCUUAGAGUUAUUUUGGAGUUGGAGCAAGUACACCAGCUAAUUUUCUUGGGGUUAUUUGGAGUUGGAGCUAUUCUGGGGCUACUUACACUAGCUAAUUUACUUGAAACUAUUGUAGAGUUGGAGUUAUUCAGAGGUGGAGCUAUCUUGGAGUUAAUUAUACUAGCUGAUUGUCCUUCGAUGGAGCCGCGAGUAGGGAGCAGGUAUCGAUUGGAUCGGAAGAUAGGAAGUGGGUCCUUUGGAGAGAUCUAUCUGGGGACGAAUAUUCAGACUAAUGAAGAGGUGGCAAUUAAGCUAGAAAAUGUGAAGACAAAACAUCCUCAGUUGCUGUAUGAGUCGAAGUUGUACAGAAUUUUACAAGGCGGAACUGGGAUACCAAAUGUACGAUGGUUUGGUGUCGAAGGUGACUAUAAUGUUCUGGUUAUGGACUUGCUUGGACCCAGUCUUGAAGAUCUAUUCAAUUUCUGCAAUAGGAAACUUUCUCUGAAGACUGUUCUGAUGCUUGCUGAUCAAAUGAUCAAUCGUGUUGAGUUCUUCCAUUCAAAAUCAUUUUUACAUAGAGAUAUAAAGCCAGAUAAUUUUCUCAUGGGUUUGGGACGGCGUGCAAAUCAGGUCUACAUCAUUGAUUUUGGCCUGGCGAAGAAAUAUAGGGAUAGUUCAACUCAUCGACAUAUUCCUUAUAGACAUCUGAGGUCCAAUCCUGCACUUAGUGAGGUGAUUGACAGCACUUAUAAUAACGAAAAGGUUUUCAGUUUUGAUGGAGGUAUGCCGUAUGAGGCGAAAGAUGCCUUUCAUGUUGUUUGUUGGUGGGGCUUGGAGAAUAAAAACUUGACCGGGACAGCACGUUAUGCUAGUAUGAAUACUCACCUGGGCAUAGAACAAAGCAGGAGGGAUGAUAUGGAAUCUCUUGGAUUUGUCUUGAUGUACUUUUUAAGAGGAAGCCUACCUUGGCAGGGAUUGAAAGCUGGAACUAAGAAACAGAAAUAUGAGAAAAUAAGUGAGAAAAAGGUGUCAACUUCUAUUGAGGCAUUAUGCCGAGGUUAUCCCACCGAGUUUGCAUCAUAUUUCCAUUAUUGCCGUUCGCUCCGUUUUGAGGACAGACCAGAUUAUGCUUAUCUUAAGAGAAUAUUCCGUGAUCUCUUCAUUCGCGAAGGGUUCCAAUUUGACUAUGUAUUUGAUUGGACUAUCUUGAAGUACCAGCAAUCUCAGAUGGCUGCCCCUCCACGUGCUCCUGGCCCAAAUGCUGGUACAAGCUCUGGACUUCCCCCUGCAAUUCCUAGUGGUGAGGAAGAAUGGAGACUAGUAGGAACUUCUUCAGCAGAUCCUUCUAGAAGAAGAGGUUCGGGACAGCUUAUAAAUGCUGGGAGCUUGUCAAGACAGAAAAGUCCAGCUGCAAAUGACUCAGCUAGCAAGGAUGCUAUGCUCUCUAGCUCCAGUUUCUUAGGAAAGUCCAGUGGCACACUUAGACAACCCACCAUUUCUGGAAGAACCUCACCUUCGGGUAGGAACAAUAUUGGAAUAAAGAGUUACGACUCAACCAUAAAGGGUAUCGAGAGUUUGAAAUUUGAUGAUGAACAAAGGCUUCACUGAAUGCUGUGUGUAAAUGCUUGCUACUGGUACAUAUGCCAUUAUUGUAUAAAUAUCUUCAAAGUUGUGAUAACAAAGAGGGAGGGUUAAUGGUGCCCUCGGGAAUUUUUCUCUCUGGUGAAAUUUGAAACUCAAAUUUCCAGAAAUGACCCGUUUGUUCAGUAUUUGUAGUCAUAAUAGAUAACCGAUAAAAUAACUCGAGUGGAUUUGUAGGGUGGUUUAAAGCUCUGCUGUUCUUCUCUUGUUGUGUAGUUUGGGUCUUUUUAUUACUUGGCUUUAUUUCUACCCUGUCUUCUUGGGUGUUCUUUGUAAAAUUGACUGCUGUAAAGAUUGGCUGUUUUACAGAAUUAUUUACCUGUUCAGAAUAUCUGGAGCCCAGAUAGAUCAAUUACGGAUAUCAAUACUUUAAUUAAUAAUCUUCCUUCCAUUGA